UGGAUCUGUAUCUACGUCCCUUUCUCUCUGCUCCUGUCAUUACAUCCUCUUGUCUCUUAUCACUCACUGUUCUUUUACUUCUAGAGAGGUGGACGGGGGGAGCAAAUGGAAGCGCUAACGGAUGUUUUACAACUCCCCGACAAAUCCAGAAUCAGUCAGUGUCUUCAGAAAGCCAGAAUCACUGGGAUCUUCUUACAAUCCGGGGAACGACUUGAUACAAGCUCAAAUCGGGUAGAAGACAGCCAGGCUGAUUUAGAUGCUUUAGUGCCCACACAUGAUGAACAAGGGCGUCUGAUACCAGAGUGGAAAAGACAGGUGAUGGUGCAUCGGCUUCAAGCUCAUCUAGAAGAAGAGACCAAACAGGGUGAAUGGAGGUAUUCUCAUGCUAGGAACGCUAUGCUGGGCCCGUAUGGUGAACUAGUGACUGAGGAGGAACUUCGUAUACUUGAUCUGCAAAUGGAAGGACUUCGCUGUCGCAGGGAAUGUCAGCAAUAUGAGCAAGAGCUUAAUCGCCAGGUCCAGCAGCUACAAGCUCUGCUUCCUGCGCCCAUUGUUAAUGUCAGCCUUAACACCCAACUUCUCCAGAAGAGAGAGGAUGCAGACUGGUGCACUUGCAUGUCGCAAGUAGUCAAUAGUAUGUCUCAACUUCUCUCAACAGCUAGCGGAAUUCCAGGAGAGACAAAGGAAGUAAUAAAAGCUCGUAGGAAUCGCUCUCCUUCACCAUCUCCUAUGAGAGAGCUGCUACAGUGUGGGGUCUCUGUGCGGAGACUAAAAGUUCAGUUUGAGAGACAACAACCACGCAGUUUGUCGCAUGUGAACAUGUCCAAGGUGACAACAGAAACAGAGGAUGCCAGUGAUUCAGGGGUGAGUUCAGCUGAAUCUCCCUCUCUUAGAGACUCUCCUGUACCUCCAAGGACAUUAAGGAAAGAGCGCAUUGUCCUCUUGUUUCUAAGCCACUGGAAGAGAUCAGCAUAUUCCUUGCAUGCAAGGAAUGUGGGAAAUUUGGAGCUGCAGAAGGCAGUAAGGGAAAAUGAAACACACAAGGAUAUACUCAAUACUAAUGAUGAUUCUAACAAAAAACAAAGUGUGGAAGGAAAUGAUUGUGAAGCAACAAAGAAUCUUGACACUGGAAUAUCAAACGGACAUACUCCAGAGAGGGAUCCUACUACAAAAAUACUAAAGACAGUCGUAGACAGUAAUGGCUGUGAGGCUGGGAUGUCCCCGAAUGCAAAUAACACUGACGAAUUAACAAGGAAUAGGCAAGAGCUUUCAGAGGGCCAGGUCUCACCUCGCAUGGGUGAUCUACUGAAUCAAUUAAUAAGGCAAAGGACCACUGUCCAGCGACUGGUUGGAAGUUGGAGGUCAGUGCAACCAAGUAGCACUCAUUCUUCAGAGAACCAAUCUGUUGUAAAGUCUCCUGAGCAGUUUCUGUCAACAUCUCGCAAUCCAACAUCUCUGAAUCAUGACAGCCUGACUCUCGACUUAUUCAUGCUUGGAUACUUCCGACUUCUUGAGCAAGAACUUCCAGAGGAGGAAAGGCGGAUGAGGCACCUCCUCUGCUUUGAGGUUUUUGAUCAGCUGGAACGCCACGGAUGGGCAACAGCCAGAGAUUUCCACUGCACUGUCCUACAGGAGAUAGCAACUGGACGUAGGACAUGGUCUGAUGGAUUUGAGGAUGUCAAAGCUCGCUUUUUUGGACCUAGUGCUGAAAAGAAAGAAGAAAUGAACAAUAACCCCCAUAUUUCAGACAACCAUGAUAUAUGUAAGUUCAUUGAGAGAAGCUUUGCAUUCUGGAAAGAGAAAGAAGCAGAACUCUUUGGAUCGGACACAUAA